AUGUCGUUCCAUCCUCAGACUCCCCAGAGCCCAUCGCAAUUCUCCUCCGGGACCUCGGAGCCCGUGUUGAGCGUGGCCACCUCCAUGACCACCACGACUACGCCAACAACUUUGCCGACUCCUGCCCACAGCGUCACCGGAAGCGCACAUCACGACCUUGCAAUGGCCGACGACUCACCCCAGAAGCGGAAACGCUCCAUGGACGACAGCGGUGACCGCGAGCAGAAGAAGGUCCAUGUCGAGGAAAGCAAACUGGGGAUUGAGGACCUACAUCUUGAUGUGGGGAAGAAAUACCUGCUUUGCCAAACUCCCCAUCCCGAAACUUUGCCGCGCGUCUCGGAAGACUUGUAUGAUUUGUUCAACCUCAAUGCACUCGCCGCCGAAGUAGCCCGAGAGAAACCCAACGGAGAAAAGAACGCACUACGUUCAUCCUAUACUGGCCAUAUGAAGCGCCUAGGUGUCGCUGGUCACUGGAAAGUGCAAAGGACGGAUAAAGACUCCAACGAGAAACCCGACUUCUUUGACAUCCUUCACAUGCCUGAUGAAGAUUGGGACAACACGAUUGUCAAGGGACAAAAUAUCAAACAUGGACUAUCACAAGCAAGUCUAUCCGCUCUUGGACGAGCAGUCUCUAUGGCUAAAGGUCCACUGAGCAAGAAGGACUGGGACACUUCAGUAUUGGGACUUCAGUCACCCGGCGGAGACUCGAAGCUACCAUCAUCGGCGAGGCCUACCGCUCCCAACACUCCUCUGAACGUUCCUGGUGCAGUAGGACGGCUAAAGGCUCAAGGGGCCUCGGCAAAUGAUCCGAACCGACCAAAGCGUAACGUCAAGAAGAGGACAUAUGGCGACAGCAGCUUCGAGGGUUAUGGCGAAGGCUACCCCGAUGAUGACACAGCCAUGGAAGGAGGGUAUUCCACAGGAGAGGGAGAGGGUGGCCAAAAGCGACGCAAAAAGAACCCGGGUAGCGCCUCACCGUACCCAAGCGCGAUGCGCCAGCAAAGCUACGGUCCUGGCAUGGUUGGCGCUUGA